GAAACCGGCAAAAAGAAAAUCACGUUUCUUACAGUUUUUUAUUUCUGGAUCUGUCUGGAUCUAAAUUUUCUUACAUUUAAGAAAUAGAAAUAUUUAUAAAAGAUUGAAUUAUAAUCAAUUCAACAACUUGUAAAAUUGACACCUCUUAAUAGCUUUGACUAAUAUAAAUUUAAAUAAUGGCUCAAGAUCUAUACUCCAGACAGCCUUGUCCAAUGCGUAUUGUUGAGGAUACUGGUGGUGCAUUUUCAUUAGGUCUCAUUGCUGGUAGUAUAUUUCAUGGUAUCAAAGGUUUUCGUAAUGCACCAAGUGGCAUGAAUAAACGUUUCAUUGGAGGUAUAACAGCAAUUAAAACACGUUCACCAAUGCUCGCUGGUAGUUUUGCAAUGUGGGGUGCUACGUUUGCAUCAGUUGAGUGUACACUUAUACAUUAUCGUCAAAAAGAAGAUGCAUGGAAUUCAAUAACAAGUGGUGCAAUAACUGGUGCUAUAUUAGCAGCAAGAAGUGGUGUUGGUUUUAUGGCUAUGAGUGCUGUAUCUAGUGGUAUAUUUCUUGCACUUAUAGAAGUUAUGGGUACAAUAUUGACUCGUGUAUCUGCUGAUCAAUAUAAACCACAACCACCUGAUUUUGGACAAUCACCUGAUUUUGGACAACCACCUGAUUUUAGACAACCACCUGAUUUUAGACAACCACCAGAAGGAUAUCAACAAUAAAAGUUUAUAUUAGAAAUAUAUAU